AUGAUUUUCCCAAGAGGCUUCCAACUCCUCCUCAUACUAGGCUGCACUCUCAGCCUAGCCCUAGCCUACGACAUCUCAAAGCGGCUCGAACCCCCAGGCAAACUAAAAGUGCGACUCGACUUCCCACUCGCGCGCACCUGGCCCGACGAGCCCGAAAACUACAACACGGACCCCCAGCCCGCGCGCACCUGGUUCUGGAGCAGCCACCUCAAAUUCAAAAAGCCCGUCGAGGAGAUCACCGACGGCCAGUUGUGGAAGAUCGCCCUGGACGCCUACAACGAGGUCCCCGCGGACAUGAAGCAGUAUGGGAUCCGGAAAGGCGCGCGGCCGUCGGCCAUGACGGUGCUGGCGUUCGAUCAUGAGAUCAUCCUCGCGUCCUCGCAGAAGGGCGACUCUUUUGCGUAUAAUUAUCCCGAUACCCCGGUUCUUAAGUCCCUUCAGUUGUGUCAGAGUGUGUGGAAGGAUGUGGUUAAGGAUGGGGAUAAUCCGCAUAAUAAUGGUGGGAAGUGUGGGGAGCCGAUGGCGACUCAGUUGUAUUAUACUGAGAAUAAGACGCCGUUGAAAGAUCGCGAUGCGAGGAUUGCGACGAUUGUUUGGGGCAGGCAGGUGCCGCCGUGUGGGGAUUCUGAGACCUCGGACAUUUGGGGGUGCAAUUUGUUUGUUUACGACCAGGGGGCGAAAGUGAUUGAUAUCAAGACUCCUAGCGAGAAAUAUGACUUGAAGACACUUGCUGGGGGUGUGACUUUCGAUCAGAUCCAGUUGUGCUCUGGUUAG